UCCUUCUGACGAUGGUCCCCUCCAGUUCUUCCUUUAACGGUGAGUAGUGAAAAGUGAACGCACCGAUCCGUAGCAGCAAUUAGCUCAAGAUUAGUCUUCAUGGUGGAUAUUGGACUAGGCGAGAACAAGACACCUGGUCCUGAAAGCUUAUUAUAUGGUGUUUUUGAAGAGUUUCUAGAUAUAAGAUUAGAGGUGGCUGCACUCGUCUAGCACGUCAUGAGGCGGAACAAAGGAAAGAUGUGCAAAUUUUCAUAAUUCUUGCUGGCUAAAAGUAUAACGUUUCAACCGUAAAAACGGCCCAGUGCCGCUUGACACAAGAGAGAACAGGAUCCCAGCUCUCUUUAUGCCUAGCGAAGAGCCACGAGUUACUUCUAGGCAUCCAUCUGCAGCUAGCAGGGGAUCCUACCAGCAGCAGCCAGCGAGCAAAGCAGUCAACAAGCGAAUGAUCAGCAAACGUACUGUGGUCAGUGGAGGCAACGCAGCAUCAAAGCUCGCAAUCAGAUUUAAUAGCGCAAGAGUGAUUGUGAGGAGCAAGAGUACUGUAUUUGUAGCCGAGAGUAAGUUGGACGUAGAUACUACUGUAGUAGGUACCUGCUACCAACAGCCAAGCGGACAAGGAAGAGAGGCGGUGGUGGCAGUCAAUGGUGCUGCUGAUAGGAUGACCUGCUAUGGCUGCGGCAAGGCAGCUUCAAGGCGUUCCUCCCAAUUCCUUCCAACUGUUCCUAUAAUUUUUUUUUGUUCUUAUCAUUUUCCCCAACAAAUAAGCUGUUUUUUCCCCCUCUGUUCCCACUUGCGACUAACUGCCUUGAGUAGCAAUUUCUUCCUUGUCGACGGCCAUCCCACAAUUUCUUUCUAGCUAAAGCUCUAGCACCACCACCAGAACCUCCGAUUUUGACCCUUGUUCGCAUCACAAACGGCUGCUACCCCACGUCAUCGGAUCACACCGGCUGUGUCACCCCAACA